UGUUCUGCCUAUUUUCCACUGCAGGUUUCUGUGAAAUCCCCUGCUUCCUCUGCCCAAAUCUCUUCCUCUGGAGCAUCACCAGCGUGUGGAGCCUGCCCCACACACCCAUCCCCUGCCAAACCACGGCCUUUACCUGCGUGUUCCGGUGUUUCCCGUGCGACCCGUCCUGCGGGAGCGCCUCCUGGGCCACCCCGGAGUUCAGCCAGCGCUCAGUGGCUCCAAUGGUGAAGAUGACAAGGUCCAAGACUUUCCAGGCAUAUCUGCCUUCGUGCCACAGGACCUACAGCUGCAUUCACUGCAGGGCUCACCUGGCCAACCAUGAUGAGCUCAUUUCCAAGUCCUUCCAGGGCAGCCAAGGACGAGCGUACCUCUUCAACUCCGUAGUUAACGUGGGCUGUGGCCCUGCAGAGGAGCGGGUGUUAUUAACAGGACUGCACGCCGUGGCAGAUAUUUACUGUGAAAACUGCAAAACCACGCUGGGCUGGAAAUAUGAACACGCUUUUGAAAGCAGCCAGAAGUAUAAAGAAGGCAAAUACAUCAUUGAACUAGCUCACAUGAUCAAGGAUAAUGGCUGGGAUUGAGUGGGAAGAGCCCAGCCCUAGCAGCGUGUAAGAGAAUGCCAUCCAACCGAACAUUAUAUCCAAGAGUGAGAGAGUGACUGAACGCUUGGUUCCAUGCAUUUAGAGGCUCUGCAAUCCGGGAGCAUCUUCACACCCUUCUCCAUCUUUAUUGGUGACUGGCCUCUAAAUUUCUGUCUCUCUGUCUCUUUGCUUUGUAUCUGUUUGUGAGUUGACCCUGGCUGCUUCUCUCUCUGUUCUGGCGUUGGCUCAGAGAAUGCACCGAAUGCCCGACAGCCAUUCCAUGUGCCCAGAGCUCGAUCCAGCCUGACCUGGGCUCUCCUGGCACCUCCCCAGGUGUGGGAGGAAGACCCCGAGGCCUGGGCAGGAGAAGGUGGGAGAGGGGUGGGGGAGCAGGGGAACCAUCAGAAGGUGACGCUGUGCUUCUCCUUUCAGUCCUGGUUAAGCAAGGCUUGAAACCAUCUCCUUGUCUAAAUGGACAGAGAAAUAUCUACUUGUCUAAAUGGAUAGAGAAAUACCUACUUGUCUAAAAAGGAUAGAGGAAUAUCUCCUUGUCUAAAAGGACAGAAAUUACCUCACGGCUGCGUUUUCUCUCGGAAUCCCGAAUCCAUCGGCGGAGCCUCAGCCCGAGCCGGCUGAGCCCGAGGCAGAACCAGCUCCCCCCACAAUCUGUGUUUUGUUUGCUAUUUAUGAACUCGUUGUUUGAGGGGGCAGGACCUGGAGGCUGGAGAGAUUCCCUGCCUCUCCUUUUUCUUGCUGGUUCAGGGUAGAGAGGCCAAACGUCCCAGCAGAGCACGGCCAUGAGGAGCAUCCUCAUGGCUGGAGAAACCAAAUCCAGACUCUUGAGCCCUUCAGAGAGGAGGAGAAAACCACUUGAGGCACAAGGAGGCUGGAGCUGCAGCUUAGAAAACGUGACAGGGUGAAGAAAGGCACGUGCGAGGCAAGGAGGAGGAAAUUCCGUAGAGGAGGAUGGGGACAGUGACAGAGGGUACCCCUGGAUUUCCUGGCCUCCCCUGAGCACCCUCGCUGGUGUUGCACCGAUCUUUCACAAGUGCAAGUAGGAAAAUGCUGUUGCAGAACCUUUUCCUUGCAUGCCAGGCUCCACUGGGGGAGCCUGGCGCAGAAAUGGUGCGAGGAGGGAGCCGAGUUCCUGGAGGUUGUGUUGGAUAUUUCAAGCCCUGAGAAAUCCUCCCCAAAUCCUCCCCCCUUUUCCCACUCCCAGAAGCCCACUGCAGGCACGAGGAGAAUGGGAAAGAAAAAAAGAAAUUAAACACCUUCCCACCAACCCCUGGAGCAAUCUAUGCCUUGAGGGGUACAUGUGGGUGUCAGAACUGCAAUGGACAAGGAGUCCUUCCCAUUUGAAUUUUUCCAUGGUGAUUCCUGAGCCCCUUCCCGAGGUGGAUGGUGGGGAAGGGGCGCCGUGUGUGACAGGGGAACUGUGUUAGGCCAAAAUAACAAUGGGAAGUUUGCUGUGCAGCAUCCAGCCAGUAUCUGGUGCAUAACCCAGGACUAUUGAGCUGAGUUUGUUUUAUCUCUCCCUGAGUGAAUUUUUCUUUUUGUUGGCUGAUUUCUUUCAAGUAGGUUAAUCCAUGGGGGGAAAUCUUUCUUAAUCCAGAAGGAAAGAGUGUUGUGCAGGGGGUGGUGACUCCUUAUGAAACAGAAGCUUUGGAGCUGUAAUCUGUUGUCACUUGCCCCCACCCCUGAGAGGUUCCAGGGGGCUGUGGAAGAGUAAUUUGAUGUUAAAUUGGCAGGGAAUGCAGAUAGAGACUCUCCUUAAGGAUCAGGGUGGAAUUCAGUGUUGGAUCCUUGUGCUGAAACCCAAACCUGAUGAAGCAAAGGUUGUUUUUUUCUCUCUCA